CCCAGCGCCCUUCAUCGCGCCCGUUGGAGCACGACCCAGCCCCAGCCCCAGCCCCCCUCGAUCCCUCACCUCCCCCGAGUACCAGUACCAGCACCAACUGGGCACCGACCGCCGCCGAUUUCGCCAUGCUCGUCGCUCUCAGGCCAGACUUUGGUCCCGCGGGACUCCCGCCUCUGCCGAUCAUACACAACGCCGAGCUGCGCCAGCAGGCGCUCACUCACCGCAGCUACGCCUCCCGGCCGGCCCACGUCUUCGAAGAUCGCCUGGACGACCCGAGUCCAGACAAUGAGAUGCUCGAACAUCUCGGGGACACCGUGCUCAAUCUCGUCGUCACCCAAAUGCUCCGCGAAAUGUACCCCUGCCUUCGGGUUGGCCCCGCGACGAAACUGCGUGCACUUCUUGUCGGGAACGCCACCUUGGCCUCGCUAACGAUGCAAUACCGGAUCCAGGACAGACUGAUUCUGCAUCCUGCUCAGGCUAUUACGUUGCGAGCGUCGCCCAAGAUUCAAGCGGACGUCUUCGAGAGCUACGUUGGCGCACUAUACACCGACCAGGGACUGGAAGUCGUCAGAGCCUGGAUUUACCCGCUGCUCGAGCCGUACGCCAUCGAAGGCUACAGCAUCGUCCGCGCCCAGCACGGCCUCCCGCCUCUCGAGCCCGCGAUCAGGCCUACCGUGACGGCCUCCUCGACGUCGUCAUCAUCGAUGACCUCUCCGGCGCUCACCCCGCCGUCCACGCCCCAAAAGCCCGCCCACACGAGCGGGUAUAUCACCCCGCCCUCGCCGCGACAGGCGGAGGGCGGCUACCUCCCGCUCUUCAACCAGCACAUGGCACAGCAGGAUAAAAACAUCGAGUGGGUGUUCACGACGGCCAGCACGACGGCGGAGCCGGGCGCGACUCGCGGGAACCCGAUCCGGAUCGACGUGAAGGCCGUACGGCGGACCGCAAAGACGACGCCGGUAUGGCACGUCAAGGCGAUGCUCGACGGCAAGUGCAUCGGGCGCGGCAGGGGGCAGACGAAGAAGGCGGCGAAAAACGACGCCGCGAAGCGGGCUCUGAUCGAGAUGAACGUCGAUUUCUCCGAACCGACACCCGUGAAUGAUGACUGGUCGAUGACAUAGCAUUCGCUCCUGCUCGGACGUGAAGGUCUUGGUUGAUAUGGUAUGGCUUACUAUGGAUACAUCGUAAUGGUGAUAGGUGAUAGGUGUAUUUAUACUGUGAAGUGACGGAUCAACGCCCUCCUAUUCGCCCAAUGCUGUCCACAGGAGGUGCCCCCCAGACCAGGGUCUUCGACGCCGGGUCGAGAGCGGCAGGAUAAUGCCGUUGGAGGAGGGCUGCUAGCACGCCUCUAGGCACAGCCGUAGUUUUCGGUGCGGGUGACGCAGCUUCUUGCGUUGCAAGGGGCGUAGGCCCGACAGAAGGUGUCGGCGCGGUGGUGUCCGCCGCUGCUGUGCCGGAGGUUCCAGACGAGCUGCUCGCGUCGGGGUUUGCGGGUAUUGCACCGAGCGCCUUGGCCUCUUCAUCGAUAUCGUCGAAGACGUCUUGCUUCACGGCGUUGAUAGCGUAUGCGUAGACACCUGCGACGAACGCGGUGAUCACUAAACCGGUGACCACGUUCCGGAACAGAAAGGGUCGUCGGGCACGCUGGAGCCCCGGGGACAUGACAUAGCUUUUGGGUCUGUAUGACCGCUUCACGGUCUGUGGCGAUAUGUAGCCUCCCAUGGCGGUAGCGGCUGAACAGGCG